GUUAACGGUGAAACUGUUGUGAUAUAAAUACAACAUUAAUUAGGUACACUAUCAGAGUGCUCUGUGGCGUCAACAUGAAAGCAAUGCAUUUGAUUAUGGUGCUAGGAGUCGCAGCUGUAGUAUACAGCAUGCCGAGCAACUCACAAGGGAAGAACUUAAUCACAGGCGUCUUCAUCCCAUCCGAUGCCUUCCAAGACCUGCAGGACCGAGCCAACGCCAACUCCCCACAACAGUUUGUACAGAGUCAACCCAGCUACCAACCGAUUGCUGCAAACCAACCACAGUACCAAGCUGUGAACACGAACCAGCCGAGCUACCAACCAAUCAACUCCAACCAGCCGCAGUACCAGCCAGUCAACACGAACCAACCACAAUACCAAUCGCAAUCGUACCCGGUCCAGAACCAACCAACAGUACUGACUAACCAGCCUGCCCAAGUCCAACAACCAACAAACAGUCAACCAUUGUUGGUCCAGGAACGUUUGGGCAACGACGUGCCGGUAUUGACCAACCAGCCUUUGAGUAACAGCCAACCAAUAAGCGUGCAACCUGUAAUAUCCAACCAGCCCAAUGUGGUGUACACGCAAGAACCAUUGUCGGCAAACAGUGACUCAAACCAGCCCCUUGUGGUUAUGGCUAAUCAACCAAAUGUACAAGGUAGCCCGUCCAUAUUGUUGGUUCAACAACCAUCGGCCGCAUCCAGUGCACCAAUCUACGUUCAGCAGCAACCGAACCAAGUGCAACCUGCUCAAGUGAUAUUUGCCAGCAAUCCUUCGAAUGGCAAUCAGUUACAAGGAGCGGGCUCUACGGUCUACACUCUGAUACCUCUGAAUGCACAGAACGCUGUAAACAGUAAUCCAGGAGGCUCUUACUUAAUCCCUGUACAGUCAAGUAAUUCCAACCCGAUCAUAUUGAGCACAGGAAACUAGAAAUAUUAUAGUCGCUUUAUUAUCGUAGGGAAUAUUUAUUUGCAAUAAAUAGCUAGUUUAAUUAAUUUUGAACGACUGUAUUUUAACUCGCCGUUACUAUUUCUAAACGCCCGAACAAGAAUUUGAAUAUGAAAUGUAAAUUAUUAGGAUAUAAAAAGAUAUGGGCUCUGAACCUAACAACCUACUCCAAGUUCCAGUACUAAACUUACUAUAAUGAAGUACUUUAUCAUAUUAGAUGAAUCAUGUUAAUAAUCCGGUACUACGUUACCUGUGGUGUUAAACCUCCCGCUGUCCUGUAAUAGUUCGGAAUCCCCGUGGGAAAAGGUUUAUAGCUUAGAGAUCAUUAGCGCACAUAUUCUCGACAUUUUUAACUAAAUGGUUUUGUUUACUUUGUGUUUUAUACCUCACAAACCAAAUCAAAUAAACAUUAUAAGUAUCUA